AUUCCCGGCAUACCAGGUCUGCCUGGACCGGUGGGACCGAUUGGGCCGUAUGGUCAGCCGGGGUCAAAGGGCGAUGUAGGUGAGCUAGGUCAAAAAGGUGAGAGUGGCCCAAAAGGACCUAUUGGUGAGCGGGGAGCACCUGGGAACACUGGGUCUAAAGGUGAUUAUGGGAUUAGUAUGCCUGGCAAGAUAGGUCCAAGAGGUAUGCCAGGUAUCGUCGGAAGAAUCGGAGAAACUGGUGCCAAAGGUCGGAAGGGUGAGCCAGGGGAGACACCAGACAACUCCGACCAGCGAGUAGCAUUCACGGUGACGAGGACGAGCAGCUCGGGUGAAUCUUCGAGUCAAGACACCCGUUUGCCCUUCCAGCAGACCGAGAUGCUUCUGCCGGGUACCAGCUUCGAUCUGGAGACCGGUACGUUCACCUGUAGUGUGCCGGGCACUUACGUAUUUGCAUUUUCUGUUCUCAAGAAUAGCAAAAACGGUUAUUUAAACAUCCAUCUUUUUAAAAACACUUACCCGGUGAUUAGUACCUAUAGUACAUCAAAUCAACGUGGUCAGUUGUCUGGCAGCGCGGUUCUGGUUCUGCAGCGAGGAGACACAGUAUAUUUGACUAUGUACGGUAUGGCGCAUAGUGAGUCCAAGUAUCACUACACCUCAUUCAGUGGCUUCCUC